AUGUCUCGCAUUCUCCGACCCGCAGCUCGCCUAGCUGCUUCGACCCGGGCUCUUCGCGCUCCCGCUGCCCCUUCCUUCGCCCAGUCCGCCGCCGCUCGCGCUGCUCUUGCUCGACCUGUUGUCUUUGGUUCCGCCCAGACCCGAUCCUACGCCGACGGCCAGAGCUCUGGUGUCAAGGAGGUCACUGUCCGAGAUGCGCUCAAUGAGGCUCUCGCUGAGGAGCUUGAGCAGAACGAGAAGGUCUUCAUUCUUGGUGAGGAGGUUGCUCAGUACAACGGUGCCUACAAGGUGACCAAGGGUCUUCUCGACCGCUUCGGUGAGAAGCGUGUUAUUGAUACUCCCAUUACUGAGUCUGGUUUCUGUGGUCUCGCUGUUGGUGCUGCCCUCAGUGGUCUUCACCCCGUCUGUGAGUUCAUGACCUUCAACUUCGCUAUGCAGGCCAUCGAUCAGAUCAUCAACUCUGCUGCCAAGACCCUCUACAUGUCUGGUGGUAUCCAGCCUUGCAACAUCACCUUCCGUGGCCCCAACGGCUUCGCUGCUGGUGUCGGCGCUCAGCACUCCCAGGACUACUCCGCCUGGUACGGCAGCAUCCCCGGUCUCAAGGUCGUCUCUCCCUGGAACUCCGAGGAUGCCAAGGGUCUCCUGAAGGCUGCCAUCCGCGACCCCAACCCCGUCGUUGUUCUCGAGAACGAGUUGAUGUACGGACAGAGCUUCCCCAUGUCCGAAGCUGCCCAGAAGGACGACUUCGUCAUUCCUUUCGGCAAGGCCAAGAUUGAGCGCUCUGGCAAGGAUCUGACCAUUGUCUCCCUCGGCCGCACUGUUGGCCAGUCUCUUGUUGCCGCCGAGAACCUCAAGAAGAAGUACGGUGUUGAGGCUGAGGUUAUCAACCUGCGAUCCGUCAAGCCUCUCGAUGUUGAGACCAUCAUCCAGUCCGUCAAGAAGACCGGUCGUCUCCUGUCCGUCGAGUCUGGCUACCCUGCCUUCGGUGUCGGAUCUGAGAUCCUUGCCUUGACAAUGGAGUACGGCUUCGACUACCUCGAUGCCCCUGCUGCCCGUGUCACCGGUGCUGAGGUCCCUACCCCUUACGCCCAGAAGCUCGAGGAGAUGUCCUUCCCCACCGAGCAGCUGAUUGAGGACUACGCUGCCAAGGUUCUCCGUCUGUAA